AGAAGCCAACAGCUUCCAUCGAGUCGCGAAGUUGCCACCUCCUCUACCUCCUCCUCUACCUCCUCUACCCCCUCUACCUCCUCUACCUCCUCAAUUGCCUCGCGACAUCAACGACCCUCCCACAGCAACAGCGGCAGCGGAAUCAGCAACAACGAAGUCAACACCCGCCACUGAGGCCUACACCGCCAUGCAGCCUGCGGUCUCUGCCCAAGCCGCGUCGCAUUCUGCGGGGGAGAUUCAGGCGAGGGGCGGUGGCUGCGAGGAGGAGGAGGAGGAGGAUGAAGCGAUGCAGUUGCUGACCAUCGUAACCGGCGAUCUCAUCUCCGGCUACGUGGCUCACCUGACGCAGCAGACGAAGCAGCAGCAGCAGCCUGUGCAGCAGCAGCAGCCUCUUCUGCAGCAGCAGCUGCAGCAGCAGCUUCAGCAGUUGCAGGAGCAGCUCCCGGCGGUGCAGCAACAUCUCCUGCUGUCGCAGCAGCAGCAGCAGCAGUGGAUGGAGAAGCUCUGGCAGCAGCAAUUCCAGCACAUGCAGCAGGUGCAGGAGCAGCUCCAGCAGGUGCAGCGGCAACAGGAGCUUGUGCAGCAGCUGCAGCAGCAGGAGCAGCUCCUGGAUGUGCAGCAGCAGCAGCAGCUGCUGCAGGAGCUGCAGAAGAAGUAUCAGCUCCAGGAGGUGCAGCUGAUGCGUCGGUUCAAGCAGCUGCACGAAAUGCAGCAGGAGCAUUUCCAGCAGUUGCAGCAGUUCAAGGAGUGGCAGGAGCUGCAGCGGCAGGCGCGGAAAAUCCAGCGGCAGCUCCGGGAGGUGCGCUCGCUGCUCCAGACCUCCCGGCGGCUGGUGCGGAUGCGUGUGGAGCUUCUGCAGGAGGCGCUGGACACCCGAGGAGACGCGUUGCUGGCGGAGUUCGAAGCCUCCAUCCCAGACUUUGUGAGGCGCGCGGAGGAGCUGGCGAAGCAAGUGGACCCGCGCCGGCUGGUCAUGACCCUGGCUUGGCAGGUUCUCACCGCGGGGCCCAUGAGCUGGGGCUGCGUGCUGUCCAUGGUGGUGUUUUGCGCGCUGCUCGUCAAGAACCUGAGGGCCUCCGGUCGUCUGGGCGACUCGGAGGAGACUUGGCCCUUGACGGACGCGGUGGCCGCUGUGCUGUUGACCACACGCAAGACCUGGCUCAUGGAACAGGGAGGCUGGGAGGGCUUCCUGCGAGCGUUCGGGCCGGGGACGCCCACCUAGGAGAGGAGCCGUAGACGCCGAGCUCCGACGGGCAGCGACAGUGAAGACGAGAAGAGAGACAGAGACUUUGGACUUGUACACAACUUUUAUUGCCGCCAGCAGCAACAGCACUGGAGGCGAUUCCGAUAUGAAAUACACAAAGUCACCAGCAAACAAACGAAUGAACGCUGUAAAUCCACACGCUGUGGCGCUAAAUGCAGCGCAACACGAAAUAAAAGUCACGUGGUGGUGGUUGUGGUGGUGGUGGUGGUUGUGGUCAUCUCGCACGCCACGGUGACGAGCGAGCGCCUCAGAAGAGAGACAACGGCCAUCACCAAGCCAUGUCAAUUUUUUACUUUUCUCUUUACAAAAAUGAGGCUUCCAUUAACGUGUGGUCCGACCUCUGUCAGGCGUUGAACAGUAAAAUAGUACAAGUCUUUAGAAAGUGCAUCAUAAUAUCUGCAUCGUUAAUAUUUUUAAACUUGAGGGAAUUAAUUUUUUGGCAGUGGCAAUGAGAGAUGCAAACAUUUAAAUGGCUCGGGGUUUGAAUCGGAUGAAAAUUCAGAGGCGUUAAAAGGUGCUAACUACCAACCUAAAUGUUCAAAGAAUUGUCGUGGGAUACGUUUGAUUGUGUGCGUUUACACAAUUUGACUUGAAGUCUUGAAAACUGGUUACACAGAAACAAAACUUACAGCCAAGAAAUUGUGGUGACGUGUUGUUUUAAAUUGCCUGAAUUUCUGUAAAACACUUGUUUAAGUGACAAUGUCAGACUUGUCUUUGAUCGUUCAUAAUGAAUUUUGUGUGUUCAGCGUUACCGACGUAAGUCGUGAUUUUUAAACGUAAUCUUAACUUUUAAUGGAACAUAAAUCUUAAGUAGUAGAGCUGUGUCAAAAUAUAUAGCUGGAUACUCGCAGUCGCCUCAAAAAAAGUAAUUUUCAUGUUCCGAGAAAAGGAUUCUUUUGAAAGUGUUCGUUUUUUUCGGUAAAGUCACGUAGGUAAAAAAUAAAAUUGAAGAUAAAAAAAUAUAUAUUUAAAGAUAAUUAUUUUAUUUAUUUUAUCUAUUAGUAUUUCUACAUCACGUAGGGGAAAAUAAGAAUAAAAAUAAUAAAAGCAAUAGAAAUAAAAGAAAAUGUUAUAUAUAAUUUUUUUAUUUUUUGUUUGUAUUAUUAUUUAUAUAAAUUGUAUUUACUUAUUUUUUACCCACGUGACUUUACCAGAAAACACCUAAGAGUAUGAAUCCUUGCAGUCAUGAAAGCGUCAAAUCUAGAAUGGAUUAUUUUUAAAUCUGUUCUCUUAGUGUACUAAGCAACCAAAAACGAUAUCCUCAGGAACAGAGGAUGAAGCUUUAGUUAUGGAAUGUCCCGUCGGGUCCUAAAGAUUGUUGACCUGUGAGAACAUCACGACGCCUUUUAUCUUAUAAUCCUGUGGGAAGUCGACAACAUGCACAACGCAGCAACACUCACGACAAACAUCGUUUAGUUCCUGUCGGCAUUGGUCAUGACGUAUUCAUAUCGUGUACAAAGUCCUCUUCAAAGAUCUCUGGCCAACGUGAAAAAGUCAAAAUUACCCCUCCCCCCCGCCUCUCGUGGUGCCCCAUCUGCCAGCGGUGGCACGAGCAGGAAUUGCAGGGCUGCGCCUCUACCUUUGACACAAUGUCUGCCAAUAAUGGGGGGAUCAAUAAUAACACGGUGAGUGUUGACUGAGAUUACAUUAUUGAUGUGAAACUAUCUGCAAUAAAUUACGU